AGAUUUACUUCGAACCACCUUUAAACAUUGAGCUAAAGGUAUCUGGAAUGAUCCAAACUAAAAGACAACACAUCAGACCCCCCGAUCGGAUGUCUAGGGCGUGGGCGUGAGAUGGCACGAGCGGGCAUGCUGCACAGGGGCGGAAAAAAUGGAGCCGACGGGUGUGAUGACGUGCAGCGUUCGCUGGAGCUGUUGGACCAGGUGCUGAGCGAAUACGACGAGGGCGAGCCGAGGUCGCUGGAGGCGCGUGCGCAGGUCACACCGGCCACGCCCGCCACUCCCGCAACGCCAGCCACCGACGACGACUCCCCGCUCGCGGGGCACACCUCCGAGGACGAUGGAUACAUGAGCAUGAACGGAAGGAGAGCGAAGUUCGCGCUGGGUUUCCGUCCGACGGAGGAGCGCGAGGAGCCUUCGCCCCCGGAUCCGCCGUCACCACGCUCCCCACCGCCUCCUGAAGAGGCCCAGCGCAUUAUCUCCACGUUACUACCCAAAGUGUCACCGGCGAACUCAGCAAAGCGAACGAUAUCAGUGGAACAGCGCGAAGCAGAGGAGAGACUGGACUCCAUCAUCAGCGUCAAUGGGAUAACCACUGCGACACAAACCACUUUUCCGAAAACCAGACAUCAAAGACCUUACGGAUGGGAAAAAGACACGGAAGCUAACGGGUUCCAGCUCCAGCAGCCUCCAGUUCCUCCGUACAGGUUCGCAUCGCUGCAGCACGGGGCGCGUCCGCCACAGCCUGACGCCGCGCUAGCCUGGCUCCCGCCGCGCCACAACGCACCGCAAACCAACCUAAAGAAGUCACCGAGUGUCGAGAAUCCGCCUGUAUUCCCCUUCAUGGGUUUCUCCAGUGAAUUCAACGACAAACCAUACAAUGAACAUCCAGUCACAAUAUACCCAGGUCCAAACAUACAAUUUAAAAAAGAAUCUCAUUCACCGACAUACAAUAUACCAAAAAUUUCACCUUCCAACACAAAAAGUUCAGAAAGAAAGAACAGCAUGAAACGCGACAGUAGGUCGGACGGUGAAAUGUUAUCACCCAAAGGGAAAAUACCUCCCCGAACUCUCGCCGGUUCUAUGGAGCGACAUAGAGAAGUGUGUAGAGGAUCUACGGAGGAUAUGGUUGUGAGCUGUAAGAGGAGAAGUUCAAGUAAGAGUAACGACGAAGAGCAUUUUUCGGACGAUUCAUUAGAAGAGUCGUUCCCACCGCCGCCGCCCGCUGCUGUUACUACGCCUUCGAAACGCAAUUCCAUAGCAUGGGAAGUGUCACUCGAUGGUGAUGACCCUCUACUUACUCCAGGAAGCACAAAGGUAAUAGGCCGACGAAGGAGAAAAUCAGGUGAUCAGUCCCAUUCUAGCACAAGCUCAAUACCACAAAGAGUAGAUGAUGACUGGGGAGAAGAGUAUUGGCCCCCACCACCUCCACUGACACAAUGUGAAUCUCUUAUUUCGCCUAAUUCAGAUGCCGAGCAAGAAAAUCGGCGUGCACAAGACCUGGCUUGUGGUACAUAUGUUAUAAGAAAAGGCAAAAAUCGUAAGCAACUACCAAGUUUCAAUAAGAGCACCGCUAGUAAGUCACCCACCAAUCUACUCAAUAGUCACAGUUUGAAUAGAAGUUUAGAUACUGACAAGUCUAUUGACGGGUCGAGCAUAUCAAUCAGUGGCUCUGGAUCAGUAGGCUCAUACAACUCUCGACCGAGUUCAGAUUUAAGUUUGCCGCAAUCUCGUUAUAGUGUUGACUUGAACUCCAGACUGAGCCGUGAGCUUAACACUCCAAACUCUAGAUAUAGUAUAGAUCUCUGCACACCGAAUUCUAGACUGAGUAAAGAAAUAACAUCGCCAAAAUCUCGUCUUAGUUUAGAUCUUAAUAACGGCCCAGAUAGAUAUAUCACUCAGGAGUAUUUCGGUCACAGUCCGAAAAGUAGAAAAAAUCACAAUGAGAAGGGUACAUCUAAAAUUCAGAGCAAGCUAUCGCCACAGAAUAGAUUUUCAGACUUUAAGAAGUAUUCAUCGACUUUCGAUAAUAUUCAGUCACUUAUAAGAGAAGGAAAGGUAGAGGAGACACCUCCGACGGAAUGUAACGAAACCGUCAAUGAACUGACCACGGUGCCUCCAAACAUGGUGCGAGUGGUGUCUCUGCCGAGUCUGGGUGCAGAGGGAGAGGGUAACAGCUCCAGCCGCCAGGCGCUCAUCACCACCGUGGAGGAGGAGGAGGACGCCGACAGUGCCGAGCCUGGCUCCAGCGGCGACACCUCUCCUUUGCGCAAAAUCGAAAACAAUAUUAGCGCUAUAUUAAGUCAAGGUCGGGACCAAAAACAUUUUACCCCAUAUAUACCUAAAGACUGGAAUAUCCAUAAGGAUGAAUACUGUGAUGACGUAUCUAAAGAUAUAUUAGAAAACAAUUUCCGUUAUAGUUCUAGAGAGAGACAAAAGAGACAUGAUAUCCAGAAGUCGUCGAGUCACAAUGAAAUACAGAAUCAACGGUCAAUAGACCGACGUGACCGUUCCAAGAGGUCUAAUAGUAUGCAUAAAUCCACAAGCGCCAAAGAUGUACCAGUUAGUUUGAUGCGGCAACCGUCAUCAUCUGACUCCGCUGUGUCGAGUGGAGGAGACUUCCCGUUGAAUGUUCAAAUAGUUGAGCACUCCUAUAGACACCCUACGCUGCCGCUUCCUCCAUCACCAAUAUUAGGGCAUGAAAUGGGACCCCUACCGCAAACCCCAGAAUCGCCUAAGUUUCCUCCGUUGCCUCCCUCACCUGUGCAAGAAGUUGAAGAUGAAUAUACAGAAAUUAUGCAACCUUCAGAGAAGCGUCAUGUGAAAAAAGCAGAUACGUUACCGACGCCAACUAUGGAAUCAAGGAGAAGGCCUUCCGAACCCCCAGCGGUACCGCCGCAUCGAGAUACCACAAACAGCCUUAAGACGCGAUCUAUGGAAACCAGUUACAACAAAAACAGAAGAAGCAGCAGUAACUUCAAGACUGGAUCAACAGACAGAAGAACUUUACCUACUGAUAUCGGAGCGAGCGGCGCUAGACGUAGGACGCUACAGAGACAAAAUCGCGAAGCUACCGCAACUGGCCGGGGUCCUUUGCAGACAUCUGCCAGUCUGCCUGAGACACCAGUAUUUGCUCGAGGAUGCGACGUUCCUCGCACCCCACCGAGAAACUCUACGGGACCCCCCAGGAACAAUACAAUGAACUCCAUACAGUCAAUAGGAAGCUCAGCGACAUUGGGUGGAUAUGGUCGUGGCUCCGUGAUGGGUGCUACGGGAGUCUGCACUGGAGCCGACCUGCUGCGGCUGGGUGGACCACCACGGGGCUGGUAUCCUCGCCAGAGACACAGGCCUGCUUCAACGGAGCACCUGGACCGACUAACAACCUCGUCAAAGAUGGCGGUGGAGCACCCAGUGGCAUGGGAGGGCAGUGGUGCCCGCAAACCUCUCACACUGCCACCCAACCUGACGCCAAAGUUCUUCCAGAAGUCACCCAGGGAGGCGCUUCGCAGGGUAACCAGCUUACUAAUACGAAAAGGGAACAACGGGAAGGAGAAAGAAAAUUCUCGAAACAAGGAAGCCACGUCACCGGCAGCCCGCUCCGCAAACGGCGAGGAGCACCCAGGACAGAAACAACGCAAAGGGUUCUUCAGAAGUCUCUGGAAAAAAUCUCGCCACUAUUCUCUAGAGCACCCUUGAGGAAACACCAUGGGAGACUUUCGACUUGACCACAAUCCUUUUUGAUUUCCUCGCCCUCAGCGAUUGGCAAUCAAGAAAUGUAUUCUGAGCGAUUAGUGUAGCGGAUCAUAAUAAGUACUUCUGAGGAAACGGUACAGAAGGUCUGUCUUUGAACGAACAUGACAAAUAUAUUUUUUAAACGUGUUUAAUAUGUACGUCAUGUGACAUGUAAUUUUGAUCAAUUAAAAUUAUUAACCAAUUUGUGCGAGUACGUAUGUAUUUGAGUAAUGAUAGUACAUUUUCGAUAACCGAUUGGGUUAUGGAAUCUUAGUAAAUAAGAAGUGUUGGCUUGUGGAACUCGGAGUAUUAUUAUUUAAUAAUUCUGAUGUAUAGGUAUAUCGAACAUUGUGUAUUGGUUUGUAUAAUUCGUGCUUUGAUCAACGCAUAAUUUAUUUCUUAAGAUGUGAUAAGUACGUAUUUUAUUAAUACACGACAAGAAUUAAUUUUCUUUUCAUAUAAAUAGAAUUGUAGAAAUGUAGAUAACCAUGUAGCAAGUAAAACAGACGCGUUUUAUUUCAUCUAUAAUGUUAUAAAAAGGCUCUAGAAAAAUAAACUAAUCAAUUGUAUACAUGUUUACUUCACAGGAAUAUUAAACUACUUCGCAAAAUUAUUUUCCACCUUACUAAAAAACCUUGCUCGAGUGUUAAUUCUAAAGAACCAAAUUCACUUGAUAGAUUUUAUUAUUGCUACAAGAUUAACAUUUUAUACCAAUCCUUGUAUUCGAGUGUACUUAACUCUUUAAUACUGUAGAUUUUGUCAAAAGGAAAAUAAAAUUAUGUUCAUUAGCAAUUAUGUUUUCGUAUUUUAUUGUAUACUCCCAUCUGCCCCUCUCAUUAAAUUUUUGUAUGAAGAAAAACAAACGUAUUAUAAUACAAAUCAUUUUAUUAUUAGAUAGACACAGUUCCCAUCGCUUAUCAGAAACAAUGUACAAAGCUAUAGUAGUAAUAUCAAAUAUAAACAAUAUGCACCCUUCGUUUACUGCAAGCCUUGUCUGAGGAUACAGGGUAAUUGAGCGCUUCUAUUUCUGCAGCUAAGAGAUAGAAUAGAACAGAAUGCAAAAUGUUUAUUAUUCACUACACAAGAUUAUAAAUGCGG